AACGUCAUGAAAGCCACGAAGUGCAGUAAAAAAUCAAAAGGAGCGUACGGUGUGGUAUGUUUACGGACGAUUUGGUGUCAGUAAUAAUACGGAUUUGUAAAGCUGUUUUUGCCUAUUAUUAAUCGACAGGAAAUAGAAACUGCGAAGACUUCAAUGCUGAAAAGGAAGCAUAGCAAAAUGAAUGCCACGGAAACAGUAGACCAAUUAUUAAAAGAUCAUAGAGUAACCAUCUUCAGUAAAUCUUAUUGCCCGUUUUGUAUUAAAGUAAAAGGUCUGUUCGACUCAAUACACAUUGAGUAUAAGGCACUUGAGUUGGAUUUAAUAGGAGAAGAUGGAGUUGCAAUACAACAAGCUCUUUUUGAAAAAACGAAGCAGAAAACUGUACCAAAUGUGUUUGUUAAUGGAAAGCAUGUUGGAGGUUGCGAUGCAACAAUCCAAGCCCAUGCAGAUGGUAGACUGGGUGAAUUAUUGUCUGGUGUGCAUUAUGACUUUGACCUCAUUGUCAUUGGUGGUGGGUCAGGAGGACUUGCAGCCUCAAAAGAAGCAGCUUCAAUUGGUAAGAAGGUCGCAGUGUGUGACUUUGUGGUGCCAUCCCCACAGGGAACCACAUGGGGGCUUGGUGGCACAUGUGUCAAUGUGGGUUGCAUCCCAAAGAAAUUGAUGCACAAGGCAGCAAUAAUAGGAGAAGACUUGAAGGAUGCCGCAGCAUUUGGUUGGCAAGUACCAGAACAAGUGUUACACGACUGGUCGAGUAUGGUGGAUGAAGUUCAGAAGUAUGUCAAGUCUUUGAACUUUGGCUAUCGUAAAGUGUUAAGAGAAAGGAGUGUCACCUAUCUGAAUGCUUAUGCACAGUUUGUCGAUGCUCAUACUGUAAAAGUGACUGAUAAGAAAAAUAAAAUACAGCAUAUAACUGCAAGAGAUUUCAUUAUAGCUGUUGGAGGACGACCCAAAUACCCUGAUAUACCAGGAGCAAAAGAAUAUGGCAUAACAUCGGAUGAUUUGUUUUCCCUUAAAUACCAUCCAGGAAAAUGCCUGGUUGUGGGUGCUUCAUAUAUUGCUCUGGAAUGUGCAGGGUUUCUUCAUGGAAUUGGUGUGGACUGUACAGUCAUGGUGCGAAGUAUAUUGCUUCGUGGGUUUGACCAGCAGCUUGCAGAGAUGAUUGGCGAGCACAUGACAGAACAUGGUGUGAAGUUUAUAAGACCAUGUGUUCCCACAAAGGUUGAGAAGGUUUCUGAUGGUAAACCAGGUUUAUACAAGGUUAGUGGAAAAAUGGACAGUGGAGAAAUAGUAGAGGGUGAAUAUAACACCAUUCUCUUUGCUGUGGGACGUACAGCCUGUACAGAAAACAUUGGCCUUGAACACAUUGAUGUGAAGAUUAACCCAAGUAAUGGGAAAAUAAUUGUGGACAAAGAAGAGCGUACAUCUGUGAGCAAUGUAUAUGCUGUUGGAGAUGUUAUUGAUGGGAAACUCGAGUUGACGCCAGUUGCAAUACAAGCAGGAAAGCUGUUGGCUCAGAGAUUGUAUAAUAAUCAGACAACCCUCACAGAUUACGUAAAUGUUCCUACAACAGUAUUCACUCCUUUGGAGUAUGGAUUUGUGGGCUUGUCUGAAGAAGAUGCGAUUAAGCACUAUGGCAGUGAUGACAUUGAAGUAUACCACAGUUUCUUCCAACCACUGGAAUAUGCUCUGACAGAUCGGGACAGCAACAAGUGUUAUGGAAAACUUGUUUGUGUCAAGAGUGAAGAGGAGCGUGUGGUUGGUUUCCAUGUACUUUCGCCACACGCUGGUGAAAUAACUCAGGGAUUUGCCAUUGGAGUGAAGCUAAGAGCAAAGAAGUCAGAUUUUGCUAACUUGAUUGGCAUUCAUCCCACAUCAGCUGAGAUAUUUACCACGCUUAACAUCACAAAAUCAUCUGGAGAAAGUGUUGCAAAAACAUCCUGCUGAGGUUAAAGCAUGCUAUUACUUGAAAAUAUGAAAAUUUUGAAAUAAUUAACUGCUGUUAUUUCAAACUUAAUCAUAUUUUCAAAGUGAUAGCAAUGCUGUUUCUGACUAGGCUCUAGGGUGUCUUCGAGGCAGGUAUGACAACUCUGUCCGAAACCUUUGGGUGGGCAGGGUUUGAUGGGAUCCCUUCUAACCUCACUGAUGAUUUCCCAGUUAGACUUGAAGUGUAUUUUUCAUGAUAUCUUCAAUUUGGUAUGCGUGGAGCUAUGUUAAAAAUAUUAAAACAGUUCACUUCUUCUUAGCUUUUCAGCUAUUUUUAAUUUGUAUUUAAAAGGAAGGUAUUUAAUUUGUUAAUAAGUAAUAGUAUAAUACAAUUUACGAUAUUGUUAUGAGACCAAGUUGUUAAGAUAUCUUGUUGGAUUUAAAGGACUGCUUCGCUUGAAAGAGUUAUGUAAAUAUUGGGUCAGUGUGAUGAGAGUUUGGCUAAUGUAGUUUUGUAUAUGAAGGAAAUUGUGAUAAUUCGACUUGAAACCAAUAGGUGGACAUCAUGGUAGUAGAUGCAGAGCUCUGGAAGUGUGUAAAAAUUUUUUCUUACACUUGGCUAUCUUCAAUUAAUCAUACCAUCUGUAGUUUCCAUAGUAUUUAUUGCACCUACAUACACACAAAAAAGUAAUUUUUCUUCAUGUUGAAUCAUUGUUUUCAAGCCAUUAGCAGAAAUACACUAGCAGUCUGCAAUAUUUCACAUUAAAGAACAGCAAAUCUUCUGUCUAAGAAAUCAUGAAAAAUAUGUGCACCCUCUAGUGACAGAGGGAAAAGCUGCUUGCUCAGCAUGGUUACAGAAUGAAAAAAUUGUUGACCUUGUUUAAGCCUAAUUUUAAAUGACCAAACCCCUGUGCAGAAGUUUGGACAUUUGUAAAUGAUGAAACAUUUUCAUAGGAACAAAUGUGUUGACAGUUGUCAUGUUUUCUGUCACAUGUUUUGAUUUACAGUUUGAGCAAUAAAACACAUGCAUAAACUUAAUGCCUCUUCACUUCAUCAGUCAGUGUUGUAAUUAUGAGGAUGCAUUACAAAAAC